ACUUAGCUUUGGCACUGUGUGGUUCCAGUCCAUAAAUGCUCAACUCGUCCACAUCGCCACCUUGCAACUACUUGCUGUGCCGAUGGCGAUGCUUUCAAUUACCAAAAGCUGAAAAUUAAACAGCUUUUGCCGCCGUGCUUCUUCCGUGAUUCAUGAAUAAUAUUCAUAUUUCAUAAAGCCGGCCUGCUGCGUGCUUUCUCCUCGAUCGUCUCCAGACAACAAGACAAGAGCCAAGGAUAUGAUGGAGCUCAAGACUAGUGCUGCUUUCAUCACUCUACUCCUUCUCUCCAUCCUUCUGGCCCGGUCAAACUUAUCAGAAGGAGGAUCAGAUGCCACGGUCACGGGUUUAGAUAGGGAAGUGUACGAGAUUGACUACAGAGGUCCAGAGACCCACUCCUACAACCCUCCUCCAAAGCGAUCAGGUGGCCGCCCUUUCAUUCAUCAUGGAAGUACGAAUAUGCAUCAUCCCAGUUACAAGCUUCCAAGGGCUCACACUGUAAAAGACGAAAGGAGUACUGUUCAUAUUCCUGGAGAUAGAGCAUAAGAAGGUUGGAGUUGGAAAUUAACGAGCAGUGUAUUUUGAUGAAUAAUAUGUUGGGAAAUACUGUGGUUACAUCAUAUCUAUCUCUUUCGAAUAGAAAGAGAUAUAGAGGAAGUUGUUCUGUAAAUGAGAAUCGUGAAUGUGUUCGAUCGUUCUAGUUUAGUUUAUGAACAGUUAGUUACGUCCUUUUAACUAUUGAAUGAGUUCCUCAUUAAGGUAGAAACUGCAGGAGGAUCUGUCUGUUGAUUUAGGGAUGUAGCUAGCUAGCUUUGUGAUUCAGUCCCAAAUGAAUUGUAUUAUAAUAGUUUAAUUUGCCAAA